CACGGCGCGUGCGCUCUCCGCGCGCCGGCAACCGCCAGGUGGACGUUACCCUCUCCGCGUGCCGGUUUCCUUAGAGACUGAACCGGCCCGGGAGGCCGGGACAGGCAACGACGAGGCUGGGCUCCUGGAGAAGCCAAGAUGCCGCCGAAGAAAAAGGACAAACGGAAAGGCAAAGGCAAAGGCAAAGACAUUAAGAAGAUGACAAAACCAGAAGACUCCGUGGUGGAAAGAGCCAAGGCCAAUGCCUCCCUUUGGGAGGCCAGGUUGGAAAUCACUGAACUCUCUAGGAUUGAGUAUCGUGAUACUUCUAGGAGACUGGCCAAAAGUAAUGAGGACUUAAAGAAACUGCAAUAUAAAAUGGAGAGAGACACAAUGUCCAUAUUAAGCUACCUGAAGAAGCAGGAUCAGGAGAAGGAUAAUAUGAUUGAAAAGCUAAAACAACAACUGGUUGAAACAAAAGAAAAAGCUCAAGAGGAGAAAGAAAAAUUGGAACAAAAAUAUACUUUGCAAAUAAAUGGGCUGGAGGGACGGUUCCAUCAAAAAGCCAAAGAAAUUGGCAUGAUUCAGACUGAGCUAAAAACAAUUAAACAAUUCCAGAAGAGAAAAAUUCAAGUGGAGAAAGAAUUAGAUGAUCUGAAGGAAAAUUUAAGAAACACAGAGAAGAAACAUCAGGAGUCUCUUAGCAGAUUGGAGAGCAGAUUUUUUGAAGAAAAGCACCGACUAGAAAAAGAGGCUGAAAAGAAGAUAGUAAUGCUGGCAGAGAGAGCCCACCAUGAAGCUGUGACGCAAUUGAAUGCUGCUGGAAGAAAUGUUUUUAAAGAGAAUAUUUAUCUCCAGAAAGCUCUCUCAUACCACCUGAAGGAAGCUGACGCUCUACAAAAAACCUCUGAGAAGUUGCAAGAAAAUCGUACUUUUCUUUUACAUCAAAAGGAGAUCAAUGACCUGUUGAUUAGGGAAAAGAUUUUGCAACUCACCCAGCAGAAAGCACAAAUCCAAGUUCUUCGGAAGAAGGUGGUAAGCUUAGAGAAUGCUCUGAGUUUCAUGACCAAAGAGUUUGAGACUGAAGUUUCGAACCUGCAGCAACAGGCAACAAUAGAGAACCAAGCAGGUCGGGGAGAAAUUGACAAGCUACAAUACCUCCUUCAGAUGAAGGACAGGGAAAUGAAUCGCGUGAAGAAGCUGGCCAAGAACAUACUGGAUGAGAGAACAGAAGUGGAAAGGUUCUUUUUAGAUGCUCUAUACCAAGUGAAGCAACAGAUCUUACUCAGCAGAAAGCGUUACAAGCAGAUAGCACAAGAUGCUUUCAAUAUAAAAAUGAGAAUGGCAUGUGCAGGAAAAACAGAAUAUCCCCUGAUCAGGACAUUUGAUGGCAGAGAACACAGCACCAAUAGUGUGAAUCAGGAUCUUAUCAAGGCUGAAAAAUGGACAAGUACUGAAAAAAAUGUGGAUAUUGCAGAUUUGACCUGGGAGCAGAAGGAAAAAGUCUUGAGAUUGCUCUUUGCAAAAAUGAAUGGUUUUGUUCCUAGGAAAUACAACCAGACUUCUAGGACUCCAGUUCCAGAUCAUGUUGUUUCUGACAGUAGAGAAAUGAAGGAAUUUGGGGAUAAAAGUAAACUUCAAGAUCAAACCUUCAUCACUCAGCAAGUUGAAAUAUCAGACCCUGGUGAAAUGACACUACCCAAUACAAAAGGAUCUCAGGAGUCCAACAAAGAGACUAUCUGAGAAAUACUGCAAAACAACAGGUGACCCCACAGAAGCUGCUGGCACGUCCUUCUCUGCAGAAUCCUUGUUCCUGAAUAUGUUCAAGAAAAGUUUCUUAAAGGAAAAAAAAUGGACUCAAAAGUUACCUGUUUGCCAUAGAAAUUGGUGUCUCCCCUGAAGGAUGAUCGAGAACCAGUGAAUGAGAACAUUGGCAAAGGCACUGGAAUAGGGACAUUCACUCCGACCUAAAGCAGAACAAAUCUACAUCAAAUACUAAGCAAAGGACUCAAACUAUAGACUCUCUAUUUAGAAGCAUAAAAGACUAAUUUAUUUUUUCUUUUUAAAAAAAAUCAAUUUAGAUUUUAUGGUUUUUUUGGGGGGGUAUUUGUUUUUUGGAGAGACCAUUUUAAAUUGCUAGCUUCCACCCCAUUCUCUAUUCUAUGAACUUUUAUUCCUAAGGAAGAAAUGGAGCAUUGUGGAAGAUUAAAGGGGCAACCUUUACACAAGCUACAAUGACUGAUCACUGUCUACUGUGUCCUCUUAGGAAUCCCUAAGAGCUGUGAGAAUCUCCAGAAAUUCUGUUUACAAACCUGUCCAACAUCCACCAGGUGAGAAUACUUCCGAGCAGUGGCUCCAUUGGUGGUGAAAAUGGCAGUUCCAUUUCCAUAGGGGUUGUCGUUUACAAUCUUGAUGGCUUCAUCUAAUGUUUCUGUCUCCAGAACCACAAGAACUGGACCAAAAAUCUCUUCUUUGUAACAGGUCAUAUUUGGCUGCCAGGAACAAUGAAGAAGUGAGCUUUUUGGAUUCUACGUAUUUUAUACUUAUCUGGUAAUUUCACUUACUACCCACUAGUUUACAUGGAUUGCUUUCAUGUUAGCAAUCUCUUUUUAUUUUUAAAUUGCCUAUUAAAAAAAAAACAACUCUGUUCCAUCUUCCAAUCUAUCAACAUAUAAACAACUUGAAAUUCCUCUUUACUAUAAUUAUACUCUUUAAGUACUGUACUUUUAGUUCCCAUGAUACAACACUAGCUUCUUUUGUAAAAACUGUACAACUUGUUUCAUACAAUUGUUGUGUUACCAAAAAAUUACAUAAAAUGUAUUUCUUAUAAAUCUAAUAUAUAUAAAACAUCAAACAUUUCCAAAACAGAAGCUAGAAAAUGAAAGUAAGCAAGUCAAUUAGUUCAAAAUUUUUGUCAUAAAGUCACACCUUCUCAACUCUGCCCAGGGGCGUUGAGUGCUCUCUUGGCUCUGGAGUCAAGGAGAGGUUGUAAAAUAACACAAGCUGCAUGCCUGAAGCCAGUGAUCCCCAGCUUUGUUAAUAGCCUUUCCCCUGUUGUUCUAAGCCUACCAAGGACUUAGAAUAUGAAGCAAGAGUUGCUUCAGAGAAGAGUCUCAAACCUAUAAGGAACAACAUUGCCUUUCUACUCAUUACACUCCAUUCUCACUUAUCCUUUGCCUCCCAAAUUUAACUCUCUACAUUUGUAUUUUGAUAUUAUGUCAUACAUAAACACUCAAAACAGCCUUCACCACUACACCUAACCAGCUGUGUUUAUUGAUUUUGUGGCAAGAGACUUAAUUUCUAUUACACUUACAUUCAAUCCUUGGUUAUUUAGGAGUAUAGGUUCCUAAUCCCAAUUUAGUCAUGAAUGUCAACUGAGAGACUUUCAGAGUUUUGACAAAAAUUGACAGAUCACUUCUUUUUGGCACUUUCCCAUAAAGAUGUAGCUAAAUUUUGAGACUAGAGUAGUUAGUUACACAAGUGUUGGGGGUUGAUAUAUUGAUUGAGACAUUUCAGUAGCUAUGAGGUAGGUAACAAGAAGGAAGACAAAAUUACCCUAAAUAAGUAACUACUAUAGUAUAAGACAAGGGUUGACAAACUACUACUACCUGUGGGUCAAAUGUGGCUAUCUGUUUUUGUACAGUCCACAGCUAAGAAUGGUUUCUGCAUUUUUAAAUGGUUGAAAAAAAAAUCAAAAGAAUACUUCAUGACAUGUAAAAUGAUAUAAAUUCAAAUGUAUGUCCAUAAAUAAAAUUUUAUUGGAGCACAGCCACCUAAUGUUUAUGGCUGAUUUCACACUACAUGUCAGAAUUGAGGAGUUGUGACAGAGAUUAUAUAUUUCUGAAAAACUGGAAAGUGUGCUGAA